AUGAAGACUGUUAGAUCCAUAUCUUUUCUUAUUUUCUUCAGCUACAUUAAAUGUCAGACUCUUCAGAGAAGUUUACUAGAUGCAGCCAUGCAGCAAAUAAAUGGCCAGAAUUAUCUAGAGGAGAACUUAAAAGCUGUCACUAACAUUAUGGUUGCACAGUUUCUUCAGAAACUGACUUAUGAAGAAGUACAAAUCAUAGUUCAAGAGUUGCUAGAUCUCGCAGAAAAAUGCAAGAGCCUCAAGUCACAUGAAUUACCAUCAGAAUCCUGUCAUCAGUUGAUGACUACCUUCCUAGAGCAGAUUUGCAAUAACGAAGGAAUGGCUGACAAGCGUGUAUUUUCUGACUGUUGCAAUAUAAAUAAGACAGCAAGACAUAAGUGUUUCCUAUUACACAAAAAGGAUGAUGCAGGUUACAGUGAAAUAUUCCAGAUUUCAAAUCCUGAGCAGAUCUGUGAGAUGGACAAAGAGAAUCAAGUGCCAGUGAAAGACCAGUACAUUUAUGAAACUUCUAGGAAGCACCCAUUCGUGUAUGGACCCACUAUUUUAACCAUGUCUGUUUGCUAUGAAACAGCUGUUCAGUCAUGUUGCCAAGAAGAAAAUAAGACUGAAUGCUUCCGGACAAAGCUGGAACCCAUCAGAAGGUACGUUACAGAAAUAUCUUUGAGGCAUCACCAUUUAUGUGAAAUUGGGAUUAAAUUCAACCACAGAGUAGCAACAGCUGUGGAAUUGGUUCUGUUGACUAAAAAGCAACCUAAAGCUAAUUUUUCUGAAAUUGCCAAGCUGUCCAUGGAUAUUAAAAAUUUGCAUCAGAUCUGCUGUGAAGGAAAUGCAGUAGGGUGUGUACUUGGCAGGAGUCAGCUUAUGGACUACAUCUGCUCUAAACAGGCUAUUCUAUCUAGCAAAUUCACUCCAUGCUGUGAACUGCCAGAACCAUUCCGAGGAGAAUGCAUUAUCAACUCGGAAAAUGAUGACAAACCUGAUCUCUCAUCCCUGCCCCUUCGCAGGUUUACAGACGAUCAGUCUGUAUGCAAACAAUUCACUGACAAGCAAGAUUUCUUCCUACAAAGGUUUCUUUAUGAAUACUCAAGAAGACACCCAGAGUUGGCAGUUUCAGUCAUUUUAAGAGUGGAUACAGUAUAUCAAAGUUUACUGGGAAAAUGCUGUAAAUUAGAAAAUCCUCUGGAAUGCUAUAGCCAUGGGGAAGGGAUAUUUCAAAGAGUGGUUCGUGAAAGCCAUGAGCGUGUGAAAAAUCAGUGUGAUUUACGUGAGAAAUUAGGAGAUAGUAACUUUCAUGACAGGCUCGUAGUCCUUUAUACGAAGAAAGCCCCACAGCUGUCUGCUCAGGAGUUGAUUGUACUCACGAAGAACAUGGCAGCUGCCACCGCCAAGUGCUGCCCACUGAAUCAAGAGUGCCAGUUUGUCUGCAUGGAGGACUCGGCAAAGUUAAUUCUUGGAGCUUUAUGCAGAAGGCAUGAGGCGGAGCCCAUCAAUGCUGCUGUGGGUCACUGCUGUGAUGACUCGUAUGCCUUCAGAAAGCCUUGCUUUGAUGACCUGCAAGUCGAUGGAACUUACAUCUCUCCACCUUUAUCCUGUGACCAAGUCAUCAGCCUUAAAGUGGACUUGUGCAAAGCUCCAGAGGAGGAAUUACAAACUGAAAAGCGGAAACUCCUCAGCAACCUUGUGAAGCAGAAACCAAACGCAGCAGAGAUGCAGUUCCAAUCAAUUAUUGUGAAUUUUGCUCACCUGGUGGAGAUAUGCUGCCAAGCAGAGAAAAGUGAAACGUGUUUCCAAGAAGAGGGGUCCAAACUGAUUGAGAAGUGCCAGCUUCUUUUGGGAGGCUAA